ACACACACACACCGCACCUGCACCAUAGACACACACACAAUUAUUAAAAGUUCACGUAGUUUUUGUAGCGCAGCUGCCAUCAAGUUUUAGCAGAAAUUGGGUUGCCAACGUGUUUUCGCGGGUACCCUAGCGGGGUAGAUCAGGCCAGCGCUAGAUGCCGGUACGGUGUGUGGCUGGUUAACCGACCUUUUCUCGCGGGUGUUUUUCGCUGUCGGCUUUGCAGUAGGAACUGUGUUUAUGUCUUGUUCAAAAGGAGGGCGUUUGAAACUGCAAAGCAGUGUUAUCCAGGAGUAAGCAAUAGUACGAUUUUAUAGACGCUUUAGAGAAAGUUUACUUUGGGUCAAGAUCUUGCAAGGCUACUGCCUGGAUCGGAGAUUUUAUCUUGUUUACGGUGGACAUCUGAUCACGGCACGAUGAACUUCGAAAUACCGGAAGGUCUCACCGACUUGUUGCAGGACUUCACCGUAGCUGUGCUUCGAGAAAAGCCCUCUGAUUUAGUCGAGUUCGCUUCGACAUACUUUGCUAAGUUACAAGAAAAUAACAUAAGUUUGGGUGGAAAACGUGGAGUGACUUUCACUGCACCAGAAGAUGCAGAAUCUGACAUCGACGAUGAACCACCAGAACUUCCCAAGAACAGAUAUGCCAGAAGGAAAUCAGUUUGUGCAGAGAAGUAUGAUCCUGAGGCAGAUAAUGACACAGAUGGACAAAAGCUGGUCUACCCGAAGUCAGAUGAACAGAGAGCGCGUCUUACCGAAGCUGUGAAAAAUAUCCUACUCUUCAGGGCACUAGAUGAGAAACAAAUGCAAGAGGUCAUUGAUGCAAUGUUUGAGAAAAAGACGACGCCAGGCGAUCAUGUCAUCGACCAGGGAGAUGAUGGUGACAACUUCUACGUCAUAGAUAGAGGAGAAUAUGAUAUCUUUGUCAAUGAUAACAAGGUUGGAGCUUACAAAGACAGUGGAAGUUUUGGUGAACUAGCACUCAUGUACAACACACCAAGGGCAGCAACAAUUGUAGCUACUACAGAAGGCAUUCUAUGGGCAUUGGACCGUGUUUCUUUCAGAAGAAUAGUACUAAAGAAUGCAGCCAAGAAGAGGCGAAUGUAUGAAGUGCUACUUGAGAAGGUCUCAAUAUUCAAAUCUCUAGAGGCAUAUGAGCGUAUGAACCUUGCAGAUGCAUUAUUAACAAGGACAUAUGAGGAUGGAGACUGCAUUAUUGCUCAGGGAGAUGGAGCCGAUGGGUGCUAUUUUAUUGAAGCAGGGCAGUGUAGAAUCGCUAUGAAGAGCGAGAUGAAGGAUACAUGUAAUUCAACAGUUCCUCAGGUACUGACAACCCAGAUGAAGAGAAGGAAGUUGCAAUCUACAAUCAGGGCCAAUAUUUUGGAGAGCUAGCAUUGCUGACCAACAAGCCUCGAGCUGCCUCCGUCUACGCUGUAGGAGAUGUCCGAUGUGCCUUCCUGGACGUGAACGCGUUUGAACGGCUGCUGGGUCCUUGCAUGGACAUCAUGAAGAGGAAUAUCGAGCACUACGAGCAGGAGACAUCAAGAUUGUUUGGAAAAUAACCCCUUCCCCUUCACAUAGUCAACCAUCCCCAACCAUUCUUUCUGCUUCCCAUACCUGUUGCGUCACAUUUAGUAAAUUUCACAUCUGAGUUAAGACUGGCUGGCCAUUCGCUCAUGUAACAGGCAUCCAAGAUACUAACACAAAGCACAUACCUUGGAUAUCCCAUUGAACGUGAUUGAUAUUGAACGCCAACUUCUUCAAGUUUAUGGGAUAUAGUGAACAUGAUGAUGAGACUUUGAGUUUAUGCAACUGCUUUGGUCAAAUUGUUUUUUUUUUUAAUGUAAGUCACCUUUCAGGGAUAUCUUCACAGCAUCUGUGCAUACUAUCAGGGGUUGUUGCAAAGCAAAUUCUUUACAAUCGAUUGCAAAUGCCAUAUAUAAACUUGCAAAUUGAUAGAUGAAUGCUAACUAAUGCAAACUUAUCAUGACUUCCAGUUGCAAAAAAAAGUUAAUACACCUGGGGCCCGUCUUUCAUAUCUAGAAAUUUUUUUGAACAAACAUUUUACAUAUUGACGUUGCUGGCCAUCCAUAGUUGCGAUUGAUCAGAUCAAUCGUAACUUGAACUAUGGAUGGCCAGCAACGUCAAUAUAUAAAAUGCAUGUUUGUUUUGAAAAAUUUUUUUCUAGAUAUGAUGUAUAUUUAUAAAUUCAUCGAUUUCUUGACAGUUUGGUGUGUUCCCCUUUGUUUACAAAGGACAUUUUGCAAAUUUCCUGUGGAAAGUUGUGACACUGUUGGAUUUCCAUAAAGUUACAAUUAAUUGGAUCAAUCAUAUCUCUUUGUAAGACGGGACCCAGCAAUCAAUUACAAUUUAGCAAUUAAUUGCAAGAUUCAUUGAUUUUGGAACCAGCUCUUGACUUCCAAUUGAAGUUUCUUGCAAUACCCCCUGAUAUUUAUCAAACUGUAGUGUACAUAGGCGGUUCCAUGUUUUGUCCGUCUGAAUUGCCUCCAAAAUGAAAUUACAUCUCAAAUGGCUUUACAGGUGGUAUAUGGGCAUUGCGAGUGUGGUGGCAUUCUAAUGUUUAUUUCAGGCCACACCCACUUUUCUAACGUGGCGUUCAAGGACUGGUGUACGUUGAAAUCAGAUUCACAUUAUUUUAUCAGUAUUACAAACCACAGAAAAUAAUGAUCCGAUCUCUUUAUGAAUGGUAUCAUUGUUCAUAUUUUAUGGCUUUGUCGAAGUCAAUUGCAGAAACGACAGUGGAUGGGUUUUAUAUGUAUAAAUAUAUACAUAGGAAUAUAUAUGUGUAUUUCAAGCUGUUUUUUUUGUCGAACAUCAUUUAUGUCGAGGAGACUGCUCCUCUUGAUGACUUUUCAAUCAAAAAGUGACAUGGAACUUUUGUUGAUUUAGUGGUAUAAAACAUGAAUGCAAAUUUGCUGUUAAUAGUUUGUACAUAAAAUUAUCAAAGAAGUUUUACAUGAAAGGUUGUAUCUGUUCAAUUAAUUCAAUAUUAGAAUAUAUUGAGUAUUGUGUUUGCUCAUUUUCACAAGAACCUUGUGGAGAAAAAAUGGCUCAGCGAAUUAAUGCAAUUUUUAAGGAUUUUCUUACACAUGGAAAGGUUAUUAAUUGAAAUGAUUAUUUUGUGGUAUGUCUUGUCUAAACAAGUAUUUGUUAUUGCUUUUUUUUUAGUCCAAUGUGGUUGAUUCUUCCAGGAUUUUUGUUGUUGGAAAGUUAAAAAGCAUUCAUUAGAUUUAUUAGUUGACAGAUAAACAUAUGAUGGUACUGUGUAAUGAGUGCAACUCUAUAUUUUUUCAAACAGCUAAAUUUGUCACAGUAAAAUUUUUAUCAGAGUGAUAACCAUUAUCAAUUUUUAUGAACUUUGGUUUUUCAUACAAGAUGCAUUUCGAAAACCAGAAUGUAUAUAUUUUCAGGUAAUUUUAUAGCCUGAUGAGUUAUCGCACAGCUGAUCGGUAGAACUAAGCAUUUUUAGUGAUGAAAAUCCUAGAUAACUGUUUCUGUAAAAACACAUGAUUGGUCAGAAGUAAUUGAGGCAAAAUUUUGGAUUCCCUAGGUCUUGUAAAAGGCCUUGCCGAAAUUAACUAAAACACUGAUUUUUAGAUCUUAUUUUCUAAAGAUGGUCUACCCCUUCCCUAGCCCUUCCUUUGUUAUUAACUUGGUUUUCACAUUAGCACAAAUUUAAAAAGAUUUGGUAUAUUAUCUAUGUAUGAGGCGCAGAAGAAUAUAAAUAUAUGUAUACAUAACUUCUGGGGUUGUCGCACCUGACUGCUUAAGCCAGCGUAUGCCGAUGUACAUAGGCUAUGGCAAGCUGUUUUAAUCCAGUUUAUUGGUAUCAAAUAUUGCCUUUUGUUCUUAACGCAAGUGAUGUAUCAUAUGAAUAAUCUGAAUUCUCGAUACUUUGUGUUGUUUCAAAAUGCAAUUCUUGAUCUGAAGAAUAGAAUGCUUGAUUUAAAAAAAAUGGAUUUAAGAAAAAAAUGGCUGGCUACAAGUACAGUAUGUCAGUAUAAGCUGGCUAAAACGUGAAGGUGUGAAAGUCCCUUACCUUUCUGUCUCCCAGCAAGUAAUAUGUUCCAAACAUUUUCCCUUACGUUAUUCUCUCAUUUUCUAGGAUUAGCAGAGGGGGUGGGGGCAUAGAAAGAGAGAGUCUGUGUGCAUAUGUAAGUGUGUAUGCGAGUGUGAGGGUGUGUCCGUGCGUGUUAGAGAGGGAGGGAAGGAGCAGAGAGAGAGAGAGAGAGAUUUAAUUUUUAUUUACACAAAAGUUGUAGGUUGCAUGUCCUGUGUAACUAAACUAAUUGGUGAUUUCUAAAAUUGUAAAAGAUAUCACAUUUUUGAGUAAAAAUUUUAUGUCAGAACUUGCACAUUUUAUAUGAUACAGAGAGCACAGACUGAUUUAUUGAUUACAAAAAAAUUAGCUACGUAUAUUAAAGUAUUUAUAAGAGUAGAGACUUCAUUAUAUGAUUGCUGUUUGUGUGUUGUUGAAAAGUUGUUUACUAAUCAUCAACCUUGCCACAAAUUGAAUCUGGUUAUUCAAUACGCCUCAAACUUGGGUAACAUUUUAUUUUUCUGUGUGAGUGCUAUUUUACAGGGUUUUUCAGUUGAUUGGAUCAUCGGGCCCGGUGUUACAAAAGAGUUUACGAUUGAUGUGAUCAAUGACAGCUAUGGAAAGGCAGUAAAAACAACAUUCAACAUGCAUUUGUCUUGCCUAUGCAUUUUCUGAAUAUGUUGUAUAUUCAUACAUGCAUCAUUGACUUGAUAAAUCAGUGUGCUUCAUUGUUUCAAAAGGGACAUUGAGUACAUUUCCUUUGUGAAAAAUUAUGACAUGGUAUGAUUUUCAUAGUUGUGAUUAAUCAGAUCAGUUACAAGUCUUUGUAAGACAGGACUUUGAUUUCUCUGAUUGAAUCAGAUUAUUUGCCAACGGUUAUGUAUUCUUUGAAUUACCUGUAUAGAUAUUGGGUAUCGAUGGGCCUUGUUAUUUAUAUGGCCAUAUUCAUUCAGAAUCUUCUACACGAUUUCCAGACUAACAAAGAUGUUUACGCAAACGGGUGUACUGUAGAGGGAUAUUAACACAAGUUUUUCUUCACCUAUUCUUUCAUGACUGCUCACAAAUCUUUCUGUUCUAAUUAUACUAUCCACCCUAUAUAGCUUGAAUAACACACCUUCCCCGUGCAUUAUUUGUUGUAUCUGAAGAACAUUCCAUCUUGCCCGAAGUUUAAUGUUCUUUCAGUGAUAAAUAUGAUCCAUUAACAAAGUGAUAUUUGGAUUAUGUUUUCCCCAUUACACAAUGAAUGGUGCCCUUCUGUAAACAAUCACACCAUAGGAUAUUACAUGAUUAAUUGUUAAAAUAUUGAUACAUUGUAGGUACUGGUAUGUUUCUUCCGUGUAUUCACAUUAAAGCUCCAUUCAGAAAUGGGGAAUCAAAGCCCAGCAACAUUUAUUUUUUCCAGGAGGGUUGAUUCAAACAGUCCCACUUGCUUUAAUGGCCAACUCGAUUUUAAGUGCAUUAUUGCCAUUGUCAAUAUCCAAAGUUGUGCAGAGUUCAUUUGCCAACUUCUCUUAGAAUUUGACUGGUACACAACUUUCGUAGCUAGACAGAAAAAAAAAGAAACGUUGCUGGGUUGUGUUUCCCUUGGCUUUGCUGUGUCAAGUCUGAAUGGGACUACUGUAACAGUUGAUAUCCUGGCAAGAAUUGGUUAGUGUUACUAUGGUAUUGAUGGACACCUCAACUUGUUUCCUUGUGUGAGGGAAGCUGUGUCAGGGUUAGGAUUUUAUCCCUCGACCUGCCAAUCCUUAGCCCUUGAGGCCACAGCACUUCUGUUUUUCAGAAAUUAGUAACUUGUUAUUGGAUGGAAUGCACUUGGCUUCUUUAUUCUCUUUAUAAGGCAAGCAAAAACAAGUAUCUUUUCUCCAAAAUUAAUUGUUGUGCAGUAAAUGUACCUUUGAUUUAUCUUUCAAGUGAUAUGCUGCCAAUUAGCAUCAAUGGACACUAUUUUAUUGUCAGAUCAAAAAAUGUUACAAGGAGUCAAAAUAAAGCAUUUUCAUAAUCAACCUUGUGGCUGCCAUUUUCAUGUUGCCAUUCUUAUCACUAUGUUAAAACUUUGAGAAAUUCUAAAGUGAUAUUUCGUCAUUGAUUUUUUUUUUUGCUAAGUACAGAGUGUGCUGUAUAGGCCAAUUACCAUGACAUCUUGUUCAUGAUUAUUUCAUUGUUGAUCAUAUUUUGGAAAAGGUUGGUUUUGUAUUUGUUGACAGCAUUGUUGUCUUGUCAAAAAUGUGUUAGUCAUUUCCAAAUAAAAAUGAGAAUCUUAAAAAAAUGA